AUGGCGAUAUCAGAAAGGCGGUGACGGCGGCGGCGGCGGCGGAGGUGGUGGUGGAGAAGGCGCGGGCGUGGGCGUGAUGGAGCGGCGGCGGCGGUGGUGGGGGCGGUGGUGGGCGGCGGUGGUGGUGGUGGCGGCGGUGGUCAGCCCGUCACCUGCGCGGGCGGACUGGGAGGACUGUCCUGUGGGUUGUAAAUGCACCUACGCCAGCAACAGGAAGAUGGCAGACUGCAGCCAGGGGAAGUUUUCAACAGUCCCCACCACGCUGAGCACGGAGAUACAGGAACUCAACCUCAACGGGAACAACAUCAUUUACCUGGAGAAGGACGCGUUCAAGAGCCAUGGCCUCGUCAACCUGCAGAAGCUCUACCUGAAGGACAACCAGGUGCGCAGCCUUCACAAGGACGCUUUCCGGGGCCUGGGCAUCAUGAUUGAACUGGAUCUCAGCAGCAACAGGAUCGACAAGCUGCACCCAGACACCUUCACUGGUCUGGCCAAGCUGCGAUUCCUGGACCUGAGUUUAAACCUUCUGUCGCGGCUCAACGGGGUCCAGUUCCCUCCGCUGCCGCACCUCCGGAAACUCAACUUCCGCGAGAACCGACUCACUUACAUCCACAAUUUCGCCUUCUCCAACCUCAAGAUCAUGGAGUCCCUCAGACUCUCCGGGAACCAGCUCAAGCUCAUCCAGCCGGAGCUCUUCACUAACAACACUCGCCUCGUGGAACUGGAGCUCCACGACAACCUCUGGGAAUGCGACUGUCAGCUGAAGAGUCUCGUGCGCUGGACCAAGAUGAAGAAACUGCUACAGACCCAUGUCACCUGCCACUCACCGCAGCGCAUGGCAGGACGCAAGUGGGAGGAGGUGAAUGAGGAGGAGUUAGCUUGCCGACCCGACGUGGAGGUCCCCCAGGUCGAGGUACCCGCCGCCCCAGGUCAGAACGCAACCCUGACCUGCAACGUACGCGGCGACCCUCUCCCGCAAGUCCGCUGGGUCCUGCAUGGAAGAGUUCUCACCAAUAUGUCCGUCGUCCGUUUCUCCACGCCGGAACAGAUUUAUCUAGUGAAGGAGGAGCUCACCGGAAGGGCGGAUGAGCGGAUUACAAGCCUGACAGUGACACAUGUUAAGGACGACGACCUGACGUACUAUACAUGUGUCGCUGAGAAUAUGGCAGGGCUGGUGGAGCGCAAUGUGUCGCUCGUGACGGCCGCUCCCUCGCACACUGGCGCCAUCACCCCCCCGGCCGGCCCAGACCUGUACCUCAUCAUUGGGGUGGCGGCCGGCGGAUGUCUGCUUCUGUUGCUGGUGUGUCUAUGCGUGUGUUUGUGCGUACGGCGGAGGCGGCGACGGCAGCGCACGACGAAGCCUAAGGUGAACGGGGCGGCUGGGGCGACACACACCCGUCACGAGAACGUCAUGAUCGUGAACCCCGUCGAAAAGCCGCCGCGGAAGUACGAGAAAGUCCCACAGACGGACCUCGAAAUGUCAAGUCUUGGCGGCGGCGGGAGCGGCGGCGGCGGCGGACAUCGUAGCUAUGACGAGGUGGAUUACCCGGAGCCGCCCCCCGCCAGCCUCCGCACCCCCCUGGCCACCCUAGAGGAGGAGGACGAUGAUACCCCGUCGCACAACACCACGCUGGAUGCUGCCCAGGGACCCCAUGCCUCGGCUGACUACUGGGCCCACUACCCCGAUAUAGUUGACAUGACCCGACCUCGCGCGACCUCCCCCCCAGGGUUGGCGCACCUCCCCUACCACUCCCCGACCGGCCCAGGGGAGUGGCGGUACAGCUACGCCCACCCUGCCCAAUACCCCGUCACCGACUACUUCAACAGUGGGUAUGUGUCCCCGCCUGGCCUCCCGAUGCCCCGCCCUGGGUAUGUGACCCUUCCCCGGCGACACCGAUCCCCGUCGUGGGCAGGCCCCCCUUCCGCGGAGAUGGCUGCACCGCCCCCUGCCCCAGCGAGCGAGUGCGGGGAUACCAGACUACCGUACGACCCCAUCUACGACACGCUUGGCCCACGAACGACGGCCGAUGGGACCUCACGCACCGACCUGACCCGACCUGCGUUGCGAGCUGCGGAACCCUUUGGCCCACGCACCCCACAGAGCCCCCCAACCUCCCCCCCGAACACGUCCCUGCCCCCAUACUACACCCCACUCUCCUCCACCCACCACCAAGCCUCACCACACUCGAACCCCAAGAGUCGGCUGCACUCCACCCUCCCGCGCUCCACCCCAAAUCUCCUCGACGAAAGUGGGAUAAGCGGAUUAAGCCUCCCAGCGCAUGAGUCCACCGCGAUAUCCACUCCACGGCGGAUCCCCCCGGCCUCGUACAGCACCCCACGUUCCUCCACCUCCACCUCCUCUCCCUUCCGCACCUCCUCCCCACUCCAACUAAACGGUAAAAAAUCCACGCCGUCAACUACCACCACCUCGGCAGACUCCAUCCUCGACACGUCAACCUCGUCCUCGAACAACAACAAUAACAACAGCAUCAAUAACAACAACAGUAAAGGUGGCGGGGGGAAGAAAGUGCCGCCCAAGCCCCCGCCCAAGCCUGCCGGGAAGAGGUUGUCCACUUCAUCCAUCCCGGGUGACGUGAAGAAGGGGAAGAACGGAGAUGUGUUUCAGGACGAGGGGCCGGACGGAACGGAGGUGUGAGAGAGAGAGAGAGAGAGAGAGAGAGAGAGAGAGAUGGUUGCUGCGUGAUAAAGACAUAAGAAAAAGAGAGAAAGAAAAAGAAAUGAAAAAAAAUUUGAGAGAAACAAAAGGAAAUGAAGAAAAAAACUGAAAAAAAUGAGAGAAAGAAAAGAAAAUUAAGAAAAAGGAGAGAAAUGAAAGGAAAUGAAGAAAAAAACUUUUAAAAAAUGAGAGAAAGAAAAGGAAAUGAAGAAAAAAAGAGAGAAAUGAAAGGAAAUGAAGAAAAAAACUUAAGAAAAAGAAAAGAAAAUUAAGAAAACUCAGUCACGUAAAACCUCGUAAAAUGACAAAGCAGGAAGAAAAUGUAAAUUGAAAGACAAAAGUUCAGGUGGAAAGUGAGAAAAAAAGGAUUGAUAUGUGGAUUUUCGAGUGCGAUGUUUUUGUAGAUGAAUAGAAAGAAAAAAAACUACAAGCAAAAGAGUGAAAAAGUUGAAAGAAAAUUAAAAUCAAACGACGUACCUCAAUAUAGCAUCCAAAACACUUUAUAUCGAUGCAAAACAAGUUAGUGGAAAGAGAAAUAGAAGUGACUGAAAUGUUGAAAUGAAGAAAGAAGUGAGAUUUGAAAAUAAUAUAAAAGAAUGAGUUGGGAUGAGAGAAGAAACAAGAGAAAAACACUUUAUAUUGAUGCAAAAUUAAGUGAAAAGAGAAAGAAGAAAGAGAAAUAGAAGUGACUGAAAUGUUGAAAUGAAAAACGAAGUGAGGUUUGUGAAUAUAAAAGAAUGAGAUGAGAGGAGAGAAGAAACAAGAGAAAAACACUUUAUAUCGAUGCAAAAUUAAGUGAAAAGAGAAAGAAGAAAGAGAAAUAGAAGUGACUGAAAUGUUGAAAUGAAAAACGAAGUGAGGUUUGUGAAUAUAAAAGAAUGAGAUGGGAGGAGAAAAGAAAACAGAGAGAAUGUAGUGGACUUGAAUGAAAGGAAAAGAGAAAAUUUAAAGGAAAUGCAGAGUUUGUAUAGAAAAAGGAUAACACAUAUACAAAGGAAUAUCGUUUAGAAAUAAGAAAAGAAAAGAAAGAAAAUAUGAAGGAAUGAAAGUAGAAAUAUAAAGAUUCUGCCAAAAAGAAAAGAAAAAAAUAACUGUCCUGGAAUGAGAGAUAGGAAAAAGGAUAUUAGAGAGAAAGAAAAUGAAAAAAAAUGUAGAGAAAUGAAACUAAAAAAAAUAAGGAUCCUGCCAAAAAGAAAAGGAAAAAAAUAACUGUCCUGGAAUGAGAGAAAGAAAAGGAUAUUAGAGA